AAAAAAAUUUUAAUUAAAAAAGGCAAAUUUGUAAUGUUAAAAAAUUAACAAUUUUGCAAAAUUUUCAAUAAUACCAAAGAAUCACACGGUAUCCAAGUUCUGCAAAUACAGGGAAGAGAAAGACUACAAAUUGUUUUUUCGAUGUGAAAAGAGCCGAUAAGAAGUUUUGUUAUUAAGGGAGAAAGGAAAAAGAGAGGAAAAAAGGAGAAAACAAAUUAUAGAACGAAAACAAGACCGUUUAGAAGAAAAAGUCUUACUAAUAAAACGUGCUGUAACAUUGUUUGACUUGACCAAAAAAUAAUGGAUAAAAAAAUUAAAACCACAGCAGCCAAUGUCAAUAACAAUAAGAUUAAUACAAAUAUAGGCAGUUUAUUAGCAUCGAAUAAUUUGAAAACUCUGCACAACAGCACAACACCUUCACCACCAACUACCUCUGCAAAUCCACUCAAUUGGAGAUCACUGAACGUUGCCAAAGAUCCACCAAAAUUAAUUAAUCCUGGAACGCAGCACCAAACCGGUCGGCAGCUACAAUCACACCGUAAUGUGACUUCAGGUCAUCAAACUAGUAUCAGUAGUAAACGUCAUGAUGCUAGCGCUUUACAAACAUCAGCGAAAGCGCCAUCAACAACGCCUCAUAAAAGCCAUAUCAGUACCAAUACUGCUUUAGCAUUGGCAAAUAAUAAUCAAACUCUGUCUUCAAAAGUUACAGCCUGCAUAACAACUCCAAUGGAUCAGUUAACGGCCAUGCACGCAAAAGUCACCUCUAAUCGUAAUAAAAAUGAAGAGGCUAUACAUGAUCUGCGUACUCGCAUACCGGAAAUUGAGAAUAUUUUUGAUGUACACAGCCGAAUAGGUAAUGGGACGUUCAGUACUGUAUUAUUGGGUACGUUAAAAAAAGAACGUGAGCUACCCGAAAAUCAAAGACGUAAAUUUGCCAUUAAACAUCAUAUACCAACCAGUCAUCCGGAUCGCAUCAUGAAAGAACUGCAAUGUAUGGCAAAAAUUGGUGGCUCCGACAAUGUUGUGGGUAUCAAUUGCUGUAUUCGCUAUAACGAAUCUGUAGCUUUUAUAAUGCCUUAUUUGGCGCAUGAUCGUUUCCAUGAUUUCUAUAAUAAGAUGGACGUAGCUGAAGUUCAAUUUUAUUUGAAAAAUCUGCUGAUAGCCUUACGGCACGUACACAAAUUCAAUGUGAUACAUCGUGAUGUUAAACCCAGUAAUUUCCUCUAUAAUCGUCGCAAGCGGCAAUUUCUUCUAGUCGAUUUCGGGUUGGCUCAACAAGUACCGAGCUCAUAUCCCAGUUUACUCAAUUGUAUUGGUAAUAAAAUUAAUAAUCUUAGCUUACCGGCCCCCACAAGUUCAGGAAUGGAAGGUAAACGGGCUAGAGAUGAUGAGGAAUAUGUAAAGAAAACAACAGAUGAUAUUGGUCUAGGUCUAAUAGAUGUUGUAAGCGGAGCAACGAAACGUUUACGUUCCAAUGGACCACAAGGCGAUACACAACAAGCGACCACUCGAGCUGCCUUAUUAGCGGGCGCUAAAUUAACGCAAGGUCAACCUUCUGCAGAUUCUAAAAUUAGUGGUAAAUCUACGACGCAAAGUAAGGCAAGCCAACGUUUGUCCAGUAAAGCACAACGUACUCAAGGCGGUGCUGAUGGGAAUUCUGGUGGCAAAGUUUCUCCUACGGGGGCAGCAGCAACUAAUAUAUCAAAUGCUUUGGUGCCUACUAUGCAGAAUGGUGCGGUGGAGAAUAAAUACAAUACCAAUCGAAACCUAGCACCUACGUCGAAUGCUGCCAAGUGUUAUUGUUAUGGUAAUCCUCAAGUCUGUAACAUUUGCUUAGUUAAAAAAGAAAUACAUGCCUCGCGUGCGGGUACGCCUGGCUAUCGCCCACCUGAAGUUCUUCUCAAAUACCCCGAUCAAACUACAGCAGUUGAUGUAUGGGCCGCUGGAGUCAUAUUCUUGUCCAUCAUGUCAUCGGUCUAUCCAUUUUUUAAGGCCCCAAAUGAUUAUGUAGCCUUGGCCGAAAUGGUUACAAUAUUUGGUGAUAGAACUAUACGUAAGACUGCUUUUAUUUUGGAUCGUUUGGUAACGUUGAGCCAAAAGACAAAACCCCUUGACUUGCGCAAAUUAUGCGUACGCUUUCGUAACCGCGCAAAGUUUAGUUCACCAGAGCUGCUCAAGAAGUAUCAAAAACCCGAUGGCACCUGCGAGGUGUGCAAAAACUGUGAUCAAUUUUUUUUUAAUUGCCUAUGUGUCGAAUCGAAUUACAUUACCGAGCCUUUGGAUGGCGACGAUGUCUUCCCAGCAAGUGCCUACGAUUUGCUUUAUAAAUUGCUUGAAGUUAAUCCACACAAGCGUAUAACCGCCGAUGAAGCCCUCAACCAUCCAUUCUUUCAGGAAAGUUUCAAUAAUAACAAUGCUACCUCAACAUCUCAUAAAGUACCGUCUACCGGCUCGACCAAAGAUAAUGCUCAACUCUCACUGGCCGCUGCUGGUGAUUCACCGAAGAAAUCUCACAAAUAAUGAUAACGAUUUACUCUCAAACCGUAAAAAUUGUCGUGUGUUAUAAUUUUAUUACAAUUUUUUUGGAAUCCUCUUUAGAUGAUUUUUGCAAAAUUUAUUAAUUUUAUUACCCCGCAACCUCUAAACAUACCAAGAGAAAUCAUUUAAUAUAGAAUAUUAUAUUAUGCCUUGUAUAUAUGUUUGGUGAUUUUCUUUAUAAAUUUAAAUGUUUGUAUAAAACCUGUAUAGGAAGAACGAAGUAAGGACGAAGAAAUCCUUGUUAAGAAAUUUGUUUAAGUUUUGUUUUGAAAAUUAUUGUAAAUAUAUGUAUAUAUAUUUAUACACAUAUAC